UAGCAGUUUUUAGUACUUGGAGUACUAUAUAAAAAUAAAAAUAAAAUUUGUUCAUUGAGGUACUUGUAUAAUCUUUGGGUUGUCUCUCAUGGUCCAUUAUAUCGUUUCUGAAAUGUUGUAUUGACAAACUCUUAAUAAGCUAUGCGUUUUGUUUUCUUGUAUUGUGUAUUUGUGUUAUUAUUGCUCUUUGCAAAAAUCAGUUAGUCAAUUACUAAAUUCAUUGCUUAUGGUUGGACCGGGGGAAUAUUAAAAAUUAAGCAUUCUGGAUUCAUCGCCCACCCUAAAGUCUCAUCUCAUUCAUGAAUGAUGAAAAUCUUGACCGUAGACUAAUCAUCUUGACUCUUGUUGACUCAGUCACUCCAUUUGCCAGUAUAUAAACAUCUCUAUUGUAUUGGGCACCCGCACAUCCCAUCCAAUUAUUUCUUCAUAUUCUUUUAUUUCUUCAAUUUUCUUCUCCUCCCUACCUUCAACACAAUCAAAAGAAGAAGAAGAAGAAAAAUAUAGUACUAUUUCCAAAAUCCAAACAAAGAUGAUGAAGGUUAUACUGAAAUUGGAUCUAGCCGACGACAAAACCAAGCAAAAAGCCAUGAAAAAAGUCUCCGGCCUAUCAGGUCUGGAGUCAAUCUCACUGGAUCCAAAAGACAAAAAGCUGACUGUAACUGGAAACAUAGAUCCUAUAGAUGUGGUGGCAAAGCUGAGGAAGAUUUGCAACACAGAGAUCAUAUCAGUGGGGCCAGCGAAGGAGCCGGAAAAGAAGAAGGAGGAGCCCAAGAAGGAAGAGCCCAAGAAAGCGGCCGACGACAAGAAGAAAGCCGAAGAGGCAGCAGCCCAACUACUCAAAGCUUAUCAACAAGCUUACUAUCACAACCCUUACUACUACCAGCAUCAUCACGCCGCCCUGCCCUACCCGCCAUAUUAUCAGAGGAGCGCCGACGAGGAUCCUAAUGCUUGCGUUAUUUCUUAAUUUCUCCUCAAUUUUUUUACGAAUAAGUAAUGACGAUUUAUAGAAUAUCCACUGUGUAUAUACUCUAACUCAGCUAUACUUGAGAGGUUUAUUAAUUUAAAUAGUAUAUCCUAUUUUUGCCAAAUGGAGUACUUAAUUGAGACUA